GGAAUUAUACUGUCUGGAACAUGGUAUUCAGCCGGAUGGACAGAUGCCAAGCGACAAGACACUGGGGGGAGGCGAUGACUCCUUCAAUACAUUCUUCAGCGAGACAGGAGCUGGAAAACACGUUCCGCGGGCUGUAUUUGUUGAUCUUGAACCUACAGUCGUUGACGAGGUGCGCACGGGCACGUACCGGCAACUCUUCCACCCCGAACAGUUGAUCACCGGCAAGGAGGAUGCUGCCAACAACUACGCUCGUGGCCAUUACACCAUCGGCAAGGAGAUCGUGGAUCUGGUCCUGGAUCGGAUUCGUAAGCUGGCCGACCAGUGCACGGGCCUACAGGGCUUCCUCAUCUUCCACAGCUUCGGGGGAGGGACUGGCUCUGGAUUCACCUCCCUGCUCAUGGAACGACUGUCCGUCGACUACGGAAAAAAGUCCAAGCUGGAAUUCUCCAUUUACCCGGCGCCGCAGGUCUCAACCGCAGUAGUGGAACCAUAUAAUUCCGUACUAACCACCCAUACCACCCUGGAACACUCGGACUGCGCCUUCAUGGUGGACAACGAAGCCAUAUACGAUAUUUGCCGACGUAAUCUCGACAUCGAAAGACCUACCUACACCAACCUCAACAGACUCAUCGGGCAGAUUGUCUCAUCCAUCACCGCGUCCCUUAGAUUCGACGGCGCCCUAAACGUUGAUCUAACAGAAUUCCAGACAAACUUGGUGCCCUAUCCGAGGAUCCAUUUUCCAUUAGCAACUUACGCACCUGUGAUUUCUGCGGAGAAAGCUUUUCACGAGCAGUUGACGGUAUCCGAAAUCACCAACGCCUGUUUCGAGCCAGCCAAUCAGAUGGUCAAAUGCGACCCACGUCACGGCAAGUACAUGGCGGUGUGUCUCCUGUACAGAGGAGAUGUUGUGCCAAAAGACGUGAAUGCAGCCAUUGCCACCAUCAAGACCAAAAGGACCAUACAGUUCGUUGAUUGGUGUCCCACAGGAUUUAAGGUUGGCAUCAACUACCAACCCCCCACCGUGGUGCCGGGCGGGGACCUGGCCAAGGUCCAGCGGGCCGUCUGCAUGCUGUCCAACACCACUGCCAUCGCCGAGGCCUGGGCCCGUCUCGACCACAAGUUCGACCUCAUGUACGCCAAGAGGGCGUUCGUGCACUGGUACGUGGGCGAAGGCAUGGAGGAGGGCGAGUUCGCGGAGGCCAGGGAGGACUUGGCCGCCCUAGAGAAAGACUACGAAGAAGUGGGCGUGGACUCCAUGGAGGGCGAAGAGGACAUGGCCGGGGAGGAGUACUGAGGGCCCUGUCCUCCGCUCGUCAGCCGCUUUCGUUUUGGGGAUGUCUAUGUCUAAUACACUUUGUGUGCUAAACCGAAUGCCCGAAUUCAAACAUGAAAAAUAAGAAUGACUUUAGUUUGUUCCUUACUUUGAGUAUCUUCGUUGUAAAUUACACCAACACACGUGCAUGGAAUAAGUUGCAAUGUUUGUCCUUAUUAACGUUGGUUUUACCAAUUUAUAUAAAUAGACAAUUUUUUAAACCGAAUUGAAUUUAGCUUAAGGCAACUCUACGGCAACAGACAUCAUCAAUUGUUGCACGAAAUAUCUUACAGAAACUUCAAAUGUUAGAUCCUUGUUUCAUUGCAUGAACUUUAUGAAGAACAUGGACUACUUCUGUCGGGUUCAAUUAAAUUUUGAAGAUUUAAAGAAGCAAUAAAAGAAAUAAUAUUUCUUUGCUCAGAAACGGAUAUAUCUCUAGUAGUCCCUUACCGAGCAAAGAAAAAAAAAAAAGCGUUAUAAAUUUCAUGUGAUUCAUGUUUCUUACAAUGAAACGUAUCUAACAUACUUGGAGUCUUUGCAAGGUAUUUUGUGCAACAACUGAUGCGUCUGUUACAGUAAAAUUGCCCCCUAUAGUUUUUUCUGUUUAAAAUUUUAAUAAUACGUACUUGUAAUGUAGCAUGUCUGUCUACUAAAACAAUAUUUCCCAACUUACGGUUUUAAUGCAUUGAAACCAGGGACGUGCACAGAAAUUUUGGGGCCCCGUCACAAAUGACUGUUCCAGGCCCCCUCCAUAUUGUUCACUCAUAUAUUUCAACCCUAGUUUUAAAAAUAUUAGGCCCUCUUCAGGCUUGGAGCCGGACCAACACGUGUCCCCCCCCCCCACUGUGCGCGCCCCUGAUUGAAGCAAAUGUCGAUGUUAAUCGGUCUUCAUCAAAAUUAUACAUUCUAUUCCACACACCGAAGUAGGAACCUUCGUAUACGAUAUCAAGGCUCUAACUGUGAUUUUGAUCCUGAACCGUGCUGACGACUGGCCUUUGAAUUCUACAAGCACUGAUAAUUUGCACAUGAUUUUAUUUACAAAUUAUCAUGUGAUGUUUUUACUAUUUCAUGAACUUUUACAGUUGAAUAAACUACAUUUAAUAAUAGUGUUUUCUACUUUUGACUAACUAUUGUUAGUCUUUAAAUGUAGAGAAGUCGUGUAGUUAAUAUAAAUGUCCUACAAGACCUUUUUACGUAGUACUUGAUAAAUAGCACGUUAAAUAUUUACUUUUAAAAUAUUUUGCUUUUUGGAUUGCCUUUAACAGUACUACAAACCCUAUUUGAAAUAUGCCACCAAUUUUGAGCUAUGUUUU